UUCGCUCAAUCGGUUCAUCAAGCGAGAAUUAUCACAGCAAGCGGAUGAAAAUGAGCAUUUAGAGACUACGAGUCAAUUGAAUCAAAUGCUUGAUAAAUGAUUCACUGAAUCGCCGCGUUCUGACACCUGCUGGUCAAUCGCGCUAAAUGAACAACAAACACAAACAUGAGACAGAGAAACUCCUGCUGAAGCGACUGAGCUCCACUAUUAUAAAGAUGGCCUUUAUUAAAGAGGAGAGUGAAGACCUGAAGAUUGAGGACACAUUCAGAGUCAAACAUGAAGAUCCUGAGCAGCUAACAGAUGUGUUGGUGCUGAAAGUGGAGAGUGAUGAAAUGAAAGAGAAAGAUCAAUAUGAGAAACACCAGGGUAUCAUGACUGUUGGAAAAUCUAUAAAGAAGAAAAAGAGUCAGAAAACCAAAUCUAACCCUCUUUUCAUCUGUUGUGAUUGUGGAAAGAGUUUCAGCCACAAACCAAAACUGGAAGUGCACCGAAGAAUUCACACUGGAGAGAAGCCUUACGAAUGCCAAUAUUGUGGAAAGAGUUUCAAUCAGAAACAAAACUGUGAAGCCCACAUGAGAAUACACACUGGAGUGAAGCCUUACAAAUGCCAACAGUGUGAUAUGCAAUUCACUCAAAAAGCAAACCUCACGGUCCACAUGAGAGUUCACACCGGAGAAAAGACGUUCAACUGCCAAUAUUGUGAAAAGAGUUUCUUUCAAAAGCAAAACCUUAAUGUCCACAUGAGGGUUCACACUGGAGAGAAGCCUUACGAAUGCCAUCAGUGUGGAAAGAGUUUCAGUCAACCGCAGAAUCUUAAUGUCCACAUGAAAGUUCACACUGGUGAAAAACCGUUCACAUGCCAAGAAUGUGGAAAGAGUUUCAUUCAUAAACAAAAAUUUGAGUCCCACAUGAGAAUCCACACUGGAGAGAAACUUUACAAAUGCUAUCGGUGUGGAAAGAGUUUCACUCAAAAGACACACCUUGAAGACCACAAGGGAAUCCACACUGAAGUAAAUCCUUUCUCCUGCCCUCAGUGUGGAAAGAGUUUCAAUCAAAAGCAAAAGCUUAAAAUGCACAUGAGGGUUCACACUGGAGAGAAGCCUUACAGCUGUCAACACUGCGGAAGGACUUUCAGUCAAUACAUAAGCCUUAAAUUUCACAUAAGAGUUCACACUGGAGAGAAGCCUUACAUCUGCCAGUGUGGGAAGAGUUUUACUCAACCAGGACAUCUUAAGAAACACAUGAAAAUCCACACCAAAGAGAAGUCUUAAGAACAAGAAAGAAAAGAAAUAAGAAACUCUUAAGACGCUUCAGAGAAGCUUGCUCCUAAAUGUAGAAAAUUUUGGACAAUUAAGGCGCAGCACCAUUAUAUGCAUUCAUAGUUUCGUUGUUGUUGUGUAAAGCUACAUUGUGUCUGAAAGGUUAUAGCAUGCACUGGCGCGGUUUGCUCCCCAGUGUGAAGCGGCUGGGAUGAGAAUCAGCACCUCCAAGUCUGAGGCCAUAGUGCUCCGAUGGAGAAAGGUGGCUUGCCAUCUCAAGGUUGGGGAGGUAAGUCCUUACCCCAGGUGGAGGAGUUCUAGUGUCUUGGAUUGGUGCAGCUGCAGCAGUAAUGCGGUUGAUGUAUCAGCCCAUUGUGGUUAAGAAGGAGCUGAGCUGAAAGGCAAAGCUCUCGAUUUACCGGUCCAUCUACGUUCCUACUCUCACCUGUGGUCAUGAGCUUUGGAUCAUGACUGAAAGGACAAGAUCUCGGAAACAAGCGGCAGAAAUGAGUGGCAGGGUGCACCCUUAUAGAUAGGGCGAGGAGCUCACCUAGGAGGAGCUCAGAGUAGAGCCGCUGCUCCUCCACAUGGAGAGAAGUGAGCUGAGGUGGCUUGGGCAUCUAUUUCAGAUGCCUACCUAGGGAGGUGUUCCAGACAUGUCCCACCGGGAGGAGGCCUCGGGGAAGACCCAGGACACACUGGAGGGACUAUGUCUCUCGCCUCGCCUGGGAACGCCUCGGAAUCCCCCUGGAGGAGCUGGAGGAAGUGUCUGGGAAGAGGGAAGUCUGGGGUUCUCUCCUGAGACUGCUGCCCCCGCGAUGCAUUGUGAUGCAUUUUAGUGAGACGAUGCACCAUACAAAAAGAGUCAGUCAGGACUGAUUAACAAUAGCACUUACUAGUUAUUCCUUUAGUGUGAAAACCACUGAUGUAUGAAGCAUGUUAUGGGCACACUGAACCAACAGGAGGCAAUAAAAGCCUUAAGGCUGAUGUAUA